AUGAAUUCUUCCAACUUCAAUGCUCCGAUUGAUUAUUCUGAAAGCUUGUCAGAAGGUUGCAAAUUUAAAAUCAUUUCAAAAACAACUCCAGCAGAUGCAGUAAGAUCGAUAAUUUUAUCCAAAAGAUUCAAAUUUGUUGCUAAAUCAGAUGAAAUUUGGGGAAGAUUUUUGCCCCCUGAUUAUCAAGAAAUAAUUGAUAGAUCUGGGUUUCCUCUUGUUUGCAACACCAAAAAGGAGCUCUUUUUUCGUUUGUGUGAUUCUCCCAUUCUUCUUGAUGGAGUGGCAUAUCUUAUCGUUGGGCAUCAAUUGGAUAUUCGUGGAACAAUAGGCACAGAAAUGUUGUCACCAAAGACAGAAUAUGCUGCUUAUUUGGUGUUCAAGUUGGUAAAUAGGUGCGAUUAUAGACUUGAAUCUGCUAAAUCAAGUAUUUGGUUUGUUAAUUAUGAGAGUGAAAUUGAUACUGAAAAUCAGGCCAACACCGUGCACCUUCCAAGAUUGCAAGAAAGUGGGGAUAUCCCAAAAUUGAGAAGAGACGGAUGGAUGGAAGUAAAAUUGGGAUAUUUUGAUAGCAAGAAAGGCACUGACGGUCCUAUUGAAGCAAGAUUGUUUGAGAUGAAUCGUAUUUACAAAAGGGGACUCAUUGUUGAAGGAGUCGAGUUUCGUCCAAAAUGA